CGUCCGCCCUCCGCCCUCUCGCCUCUGAGCGCUUCCCUCCCUCCGGGGCUGGGCCUGCCCCGGCUGUCGCGGAGCCUCCGUCCCGCCGUACGUUAGCUGUCUGUGUCGUGGCCACCGCCUCCAGGCAGCCCGCAGCAAGCCUGCUUGUGGCCCGGACGAGCGCAGCGCCCUCUCACCGCGAUGCUGUGCUUCCUCCGGGGAAUGGCCUUCGUCCCCUUUCUCCUGGUGACAUGGUCGUCCGCAGCCUUCAUCAUCUCCUACGUGGUCGCGGUGCUCUCGGGGCACGUCAACCCCUUUCUUCCCUACAUCAGUGACACAGGAACCACACCUCCAGAGAGUGGUAUUUUUGGAUUCAUGAUAAACUUCUCUGCAUUUCUUGGUGCAGCUACAAUGUACACGAGAUAUAAGAUAGUGGAGAAGCAAAAUGAGACCUGCUAUUUCGGCACUCCUGUCUUUAACUUGGUGUCAUUAGUUCUUGGAUUGGUGGGAUGUAUUGGAAUGGGCAUUGUAGCCAAUUUUCAGGAGUUAGCCGUGCCUGUCGUCCAUGAUGGAGGGGCUCUUCUGGCUUUCGUCUGUGGUGUGGUUUACACGCUCCUGCAAUCCAUCAUCUCCUACAAAUCCUGUCCCCAGUGGAACAGUCUCACCACAUGCCAUGUCCGGAUGGCCAUCUCCGCUGUUUCCUGCGCAGCCGUGGUCCCCAUGAUUGCCUGUGCUUCGCUAAUUUCCAUAACCAAGUUGGAGUGGAAUCCAAAAGAAAAGGAUUAUGUGUAUCAUGUUGUGAGCGCUAUCUGUGAAUGGACUGUGGCCUUUGGUUUUAUUUUCUAUUUCCUAACAUUCAUCCAAGAUUUCCAGAGCGUCACCCUAAGGAUAUCCACAGAAAUCAAUGAUGACUUUUGAAAAAGCGAGAAUCCUGUCUCACUCAGUGAAUGUCACAGACAGUUUCUGGAAGUGGCACAGAGGACGGAUGGACUUGGAUGUCACCCCGGUCAGGAAGCAUCUGUGGCACAUCCGGGACUUGAAUUUCAUUAAGAAUUUCUAGUAGUAGUUCUUUUUACAAAGGUAUGUUUUUCUAGAAAAUGUUUAGCAUCGAUGACACUUUAGCAAUAUUUUUAUAUUUUUCUAAGACACUCUUUAUAUGAACAAAUUCAUAUGCAGAAAAGGUGAAGCAUUGCAGAAAAUGGGGAUAUUUUUGUAUAGAUUAUUUAGACUUUUAUGUAUGAAUGACUUAUGAAAAUACACUAAGUGAAAAAAAUGUUUGUUAUAUUAAAAAAAUCCUAAUCAGGGAAUAUUCACUUUAAAAUUUCAUUUUAAAAAAGAGUGACCUGCAUACAUUUUUCAUCACAAGCAUUUAUAUAAUCUAAUUCAUAGUGAUUAUGUACCCUAAUGGUAAAGAUUCAGUUAAUAAAUUAAUACUAAAGCACUUUGAUUUUUAGCGCAUGAAGCAAAAAUGUUUUUAUAGUUAAGGCUUCAAAAACCAUUUACUGUGCACAUUAACCAGCAGAUGUAGAAGACCCUCAGUUGGAAAAUUCAGUCUCCUUAUUUGAUUGACUUCUCCCACAGAGGCUGCUAUUAACUGGUGACCCUAGGAACUAAUUCCUGGAAGGGUGGGCUCCGCAAUGCAGCAUAGAAAUGAUAAACUACCCUUCCCAAGGGGCAUUGGAAGUGAGACUUCUUAGUUUCCCUCACAGGAGAUGGGUGUAGGAGCCUGGGUGCAGGCUGCUGUUUGCUCCUUUCAAAGCCUGUGGCCACUGUUAGUGACAUCACAGGGAAGGUGUCAGUCUGGAAGGCAGACUCCGCCUCCAGUUCAGAAUUGUUGUAGAGGAAGAAGCACUUGGAGGAGCUGAUGAAACCCUGAGUUCCAUAUCUAAGUCUGAGGUGGGGCUGCCUUGAGGCACAUGCCAAGAGCAGAGCGGGCCAUUUGGACAGCCUGGGUGCGGGGACACCUGGGGACCGAGGGGCGUGCGGUGGUGACUCCUGGGUGGGUGAGGGUUAGCAGCCACUUCUGCUGUGACAUCCUGGGUCUCCUUAAGUGUGGAGUGGUGGAGACUGGCAGCCAUUUCUGAGUCCAUUGUAAUACAAUGCCGUGUUAAUCCUGGAACAAAAGGACAGUGACCUUUUGUCAUUCUGAAGAGAAAGGGGAGCAGGCACCUUCCCUGUGGAAACUGUGGCCAACUGAAUCCGUGCUGCUCUUUGCUUUGGUCAGGAAUGUUGUUGGAACUUCCCAGAAUGCAAGUGGCCUUCUGCACUUCCACCAGAGACUAGGCGCUCACUCCUUUAGGGCAGAACAGGAGCCUUUACCUAGAGUUGAACACCGUGCCUUCUGGCACACAUUAGGUGCUUAAUAAAUACACACUGAAUGUGUGCGUAUAUAAAUGAACGAACAAAUCCAGUAACAUCUGAGGUGCUGCCUAGUUGGUUUAUUUACUCUAGUUCACUGGUUAUUUUGAUGUCAACAACUAGUCUGUGCUACCUAGUAAUGUCGUCCAUUUUGCUUUGUGUACCAUACAUGUUUCAGUUGUUUGGGCUUCAUGAUUGUGUGACAACUCUCUUCUGGACAGAUACCACAGAAAUUGUUACAUGGGCUAGACCUGUCUUGGCAAGCCGAGAAGGCCCCAAAUCACCCCAUUCUGCAGAUUCCAUGAAACUUCUAACGUUAUCCCCAUUUUGGUAUUAUUUUUAAUUUCUACAAAUGUGUAUUUCCUUGGACUGCAUGCCUGAGAAGGUAAAAUAAAAUAUGACUUUAUUUUA